CGCGGGGCGGGGGCGCGGGCUGGUGCUGCUGAUGGCGUGGCCUUCCCUUUCCUGUCCGAUCUCCUUGUGCUUUGCUAUAUUGUACAUUACCGUCGCGUUCCGCCAGCCGAGGCAGGGAGCUGCUGAAGAGGAGAUGCUGUAGGUGCCGGUGGCCGAGGGACAAGCGAGGGCCGGCCCUGAGUGGGGCUGAGGAGUAGGCGGAGGGCAGCGUUAAGGGCUGUGUGGACACGUCGGGUGCCGGGGAGCAAUCGGGAUAGCUCUGGUCGGAAGGGGCCGUAGGGAUACCUGGUUCCAGCGUCUUGUCACGCCAGGUGUUGCCUUGCCGCUGCCUAGCCGCUGAGUAGCAGGUGUGAAUUGUCCGUAAGCGGUGCGGGACAGAGGCAGGGCACUGGCUGCUGCCUGCAGGCCGCUCCGACCGGGCGAGCCGCGCUCCGCCCGAGCGGUUGGCAGCGGGAGUCUCGUAUCGCGGUGAGGAGGGUCUGAGAUUGCUCCCCGCGACGUCUGCCGUCUAACUGAACGGCUGCUGCGGGGCCGUCUUGCCCGCUGGCUGGCACCAAGCAGAAAAACUGCACUCAGAGAGUCACGGGAGGGAGUGCUGCGGGGGCUUGCCUGGUGCUUUCACAUUAAGAUCGGGGUGGUCUCACUGGCACGAGUAGAUGCUGUGAGCUCCCAGAUGGAAGCAGAAUGAGUACGGGCUUUGGCAGCCAGGGUCAUCCAAACUGAUAUCAUUUGGCAGUUUGGCUUCAGGUGUCUUAGUAGUACUGCACAAAGAUGUUGCACAAGUUUUGCUGGGAAGGAAAGACUUGAUCCAGUAGUCCUUGUACUAUAGAACACCUGCAAACUUUUCUGUUUGUAUCUCACACUAAUUGUUUUGCUGAAAUUUGCGUGGUCUUUGCAGGUAGUAAAGUGAGAAGCCAUAAGAAUGCUCCCUUGAUAAAUUUUGAAUUGCUGUCUUAAUGCUGAGGAUACCUGGCUGUGUGCUGAGAUUGAGGGCAGAGGUGGUUCAUGUGAUGUGGUCACAUGCUGCUCAAAGCUAAACCAGCAUUGUAACUUUUGUUCUCUGGCAUGAGCUGUCCAGCCAGCAGCCCUGAACUCUUAGUUGCUUUUCAUGGCAACUUUUUGGUUUUCAUGAAGCACAAUGUGUGUUUUCGGAAGGAUGAGUGCCUGCGCAGACCUUAUCAGGGGUUUGUACAACCACGUAACUAGCACGCUCUCUUGCUUUUCCCAUGUUUGGAAGGAGCACUUGACACAGGCCAAAAAAAGUUCUUAUCAAUCCGCUGAUGCCAUGUAUUGACUCUCAUCCAGUAUGGUCAGGCAAUCCUGUAUGUCCUGAAAAACUGCCAUUUUUCUCACCUGCAGUUCAGGAAAGAAUAUCAGCAGUUUUGUUUUUUUUUAAUGAAGAGCCACUUGUUAUUGCCAGUGUGCAAAUGAAAUGGAAAGGGAACAGAUUAUGGAAAGCGGCUUCUGUUUCAACCUUGCAAGAUGCUGCGUGAAGUGCAUAAGGAAGUUUAAGUGACCGCUCUACUAGACCAAAAUGGUGGACACUGAAAACCAGCUCUAUCCACUUACUCCCCUGGAAGAGGAUGAUAUAGGUAGUCCUUUAUCUGGAGAGUUUCUACAGGAUAUGGAGAACAUUCAAGACAUUUCUCAGUCUCUAGGUGAUGAUAGCUCUGGAGCUUUAAGUUUAACAGAGUUCCAGUCAGUGGGAAAUGGUCCAGGAUCUGAUGGAUCAGUUAUAACAGACACCCUUUCACCAGCAUCCAGUCCUUCAUCCAUUAAUUUUGCCACAGCUCCAGGUAGCAUAGAUGAAUCACCCAGUGGAGCAUUAAACAUUGAAUGUAGAAUUUGUGGGGAUAAAGCCUCAGGCUACCAUUACGGAGUACAUGCUUGUGAAGGUUGUAAGGGUUUUUUUAGGAGAACAAUCCGAUUAAAACUCAUCUAUGAUAAAUGUGAUCGCAAUUGCAAAAUUCAGAAAAAAAAUCGUAAUAAGUGCCAAUACUGUCGUUUUCAAAAGUGCCUUUCAGUUGGAAUGUCACAUAAUGCAAUACGUUUUGGACGAAUGCCAAGGUCUGAGAAGGCCAAGUUGAAAGCAGAAAUUCUAACAGGUGAAAAUUAUAUAGAAGAUUCAGAAAUGGCAGAUCUUAAAUCACUUGCCAAAAGAAUUCAUGACGCUUACCUGAAAAACUUCAAUAUGAACAAGGUUAAAGCCAGAGUCAUCCUUGCAGGGAAAACUAACAACAAUCCACCAUUUGUUAUACAUGAUAUGGACACCUUGUGCAUGGCAGAGAAGACGCUGGUAGCAAAAUUGGUUGCCAAUGGAAUUCAGAAUAAGGAAGCUGAAGUUCGAAUCUUUCACUGCUGCCAGUGUACAUCUGUAGAGACUGUCACAGAACUUACUGAAUUUGCUAAAUCUAUCCCUGGCUUCUCCAAUCUUGACUUGAAUGACCAAGUGACACUGUUGAAAUACGGAGUUUAUGAAGCCAUCUUUGCCAUGUUAGCAUCUGUAAUGAACAAAGAUGGGAUGCUGGUAGCCUAUGGAAAUGGUUUUAUAACCCGAGAGUUCCUGAAAAGUCUGAGAAAGCCAUUCUGUGAUAUAAUGGAGCCAAAAUUUGAUUUUGCGAUGAAAUUCAAUGCACUGGAAUUGGAUGAUAGUGAUAUAUCACUUUUUGUCGCUGCCAUCAUUUGCUGUGGAGAUCGUCCUGGUCUUGUAAAUGUAGGACACAUUGAAAAAAUGCAGGAGAGCAUUGUGCAUGUACUGAAACUCCACUUGCAAACCAACCAUCCUGAUGAUAUCUUCCUCUUCCCGAAACUUCUCCAAAAAAUGGCUGACCUCCGUCAACUUGUCACAGAGCAUGCUCAGCUUGUUCAGAUAAUCAAGAAGACUGAAUCUGAUGCACAUUUACACCCUUUACUGCAGGAAAUCUACAGGGACAUGUAUUAAGGAUUUUUAGUAUUUUUUCCACAACAGUGAAAGACAACAGCAAUAUUAAUAAUAGAUGGGAGCAAAAUCACUUGCACAGCUGUCAACUGUUCACUCAGUUCGGAGCGUGAAAAAUUUAAAAGCUAAGUACCUGGAGUGCUACAGUUCUUUUGGUUUGAGUUCUUCUGUCUUCUUUUGAAUGAGCUCUGCAGAAAAAUACUGAUUGUAAUGCUCAUGAAGCGCCUUAAAGCAGUUCUUUUAUUUGGAAAUCUGAAGAUUGUUAAAGAAUAUGUACUUGUAUAAUAAAUCAGAGUGUUAAGUAACAGAAAUGAAAAGAAAAAUGAAUUUCCUCUUGGCUUAGUCAUGUUAGAGUUACAAUAACAAAUUCAGCAAAUUUUCUCCAGCCAUAUACACCGUCAUAAAAAUUACACAUUCUUGGUUGAUGGUAAUUACUGAGAAACAACUAAUAUUUUUUUCUUAGAGGCAAUCAGCCUAGGUUUAUUGCAUGAUUGGAUAUUACUGUACAUACAGAUAUAAAAAAUUUGAAAGACCUUUCUCAUGCCAUUGCUUGAAAUCCAUGAAGCACAGUACAACUUCAUAAAGCAUGGCACUGGUAUACUUUAGGAUUAGCACAUUGAAAAGACAAUACUUCCAAGAAAUGAAAUAAAAUCCUAAGUGUUAUCUAAAAUACAGCAGAUAUUACUCAUUCAGAUGCUUCUUGAAGAGUAAAAGUGCUAAGUCAUGGAACCCUUGUUUGGAAAGGAAAUACAAAAAGGUCCCUGACGCAAAACGCAUCUAACUAUGUGUAGGCUGGAGAACUUGCAAUAGCUCAAGAUGCAGUUUUGACUUAAAAAUACAGCUUUGAAUUAGCCAGAGUUCUGGACAGAAAAAUCUGAUCCUAGUCCAGAAAAAAAAAAAAAAAAAAUUCAACUGUACAGUAUUCUAGUGCAGUGAUAGCUUACUCUAAAGAAAUGAUUACAUAGGAAAGGCACCUUCCUUCUUGUCCUGUGUUUUGGCAGUAUAGAGUUAAUUGAACUUGUUUAUUUUUCAUAUGAGUACACUUUUUUUUUCAAUUACCCAUUCAGAUAUAUUACUAAUCUUUCAUAGACCUUGCCUAAACAAGUAAUAGCUGGAUUAUUUUACCAAAUUUUGUCCUUGUCAUCAAAACCAUAGUGGAUAAAGUGACAAUAUUGCCAAGAAAAUGGAGUUUGUCAAUUGUGUAAUGUUAUGAAAGAGAGCAUAAGUGAGAGUAAGUUUAUCAUGCAGCUGAGGGUUUUACAAUAGUACUUACUCCUGAUGCAAAGUAAGCUACAAGGAAACCACUUCCUUAUGGUAUUUUGCAGGGUCCCUUACUGAGACUAAUGCAUAAAAUGUGAAAGCACAUGCUAGUUGCAUGCAAGGCACUGUGCUAGUUCUUUUUCUUGUCAUUUUUUAACCUGGUAAUUUCAUUUUGUUAUUUCUGUAUUUUACUAUCUGUUUCAUAACAAAGGUUUCAGGAGCCAGUCUUAACAUUUUCACAACAGGCUUUCAGUGCCACAGGACAACACAUUCUCCUUGUUUUGCUGUAGCUUGUUUGGAAACAUCAGAAUCUUAAACCUUUUCUGAAUGAACUAAGAUGGAUAAAGUGAGAACAUCAUGUAUUGAUACUUACUUAGUUACAUCUGUUUUUCACAGGCCCACUGGCAUGGCUAGGCACUGAAUAAAUUACUGGUUUAACAGCAAUUUGGUAUUUUUCUAGAUGAUGGCUGUUAUCAGAAGUUUUAGUGUGAAAUACUAAAGCACCAUCCUCAAAUUUGGUGACUAUCUAGGGCAAGAUAGAAGAAUUAGAUACAUACACAUAAAACUCCCUCCUUUGCCUUCCCUGUCAGUUACAUUCUUCUCCCUACAGCUGGGGUGAGUAGGUAUUAUGUUACAGCUCCUUCAAACACUUGAGUAAGAGAAGAUUGUUGGUCUUACCGGGAAACAGUGGACGAGAAACAGGUUUUCUUCUGUGUCUUGCAAAGGUACAUAGUAUGCCCUCAGAAAUAACAAGAUUUUAUCAGCGAUGCUGCUCGAUUCUUCAAGUCAGCCUUGUCUCUCUAUGAAACGGUGGGUUUUGGGCAUAAGACAGUCAGCACUGAGGUAUUUGAUAAGCAAUAUUGCUUACUCAAGGAAGUUGUAAAAAUCUCACAAUGGCAUGCUGGGGAUCUAUACACUUUGCAUCCACCCAUAGGAAGUGUGCAGUGCUUAGCACCAUGGAGCCGAUGGCAGUGGAAAUUCUAAUGCUGGAGACUCUAACAGCCAGCUGGUUUAUCUUCUGAAGAAGUGUAAGCUGCGUUUUCCCCAAAGCGCAGUCAUGUGCAAAAUGCAAAUUUGAAAGUUCUGUUCCAUUACUUGCACAGAAGUUUCUCAGAAAAAAAAAGGAAAAAAAAAAAAAGAAAAAAAUCACUGUGGAGAAAAUAUAUUUUCCCUGGUAUUGUUUCCAAAAGUGGCUAAUACACUUUUUACUGAAACUGAAAAGUUUCAUAAUAAAAACAUACAUUUGGCAAAAUCAUAAAGAUUUAAAACAGCAUUCUAUCUAUAUUAGAAGCUUAUUUGUAACAGGAUCCCAUUAUAGACAUUGGGAAAGUGUGUUAUUUGCAUUUUUUCCCAUUUCAGGUGCUUUUUUUUUUUAAAUAACAAAAGAAAAUGCAAGCAUUUUUUGAGUAAUCCCUUUGGACACCAGCAUUUGAUUUCUAUUUUAAAUUAAACUGCAGACCUUUAAAUGUAUGGAAAAGACACGUCUGUGAGUUACAGAAAUAUGAACAAGAUGUUAAUGUAGCAAAAAAUUCAGGAUAAAUUCCACUGUCUAGAGGUUUGCACUGUACAUGUACCCACAGACUGCUUCUGUGGAGAUAUUCAAGGCUCACCUGGACGCUUUUCUGUGCAGCCUGGUCUAGUGAACCUGCUUUAGCAGAGGGGUUGUACUUGAUGAUCUCCAGAGGUCCUUCCAACCCCUACGAUUCUGCAAUUCUGUGUGAUCUUCAAAGAAUGGAACAGAGCAGACAGUUCACUUGUGUAAGUGUGCAAAAAGAAGUUCUAAAUUUAGAUCUUACACUUCUAAAAAGUAACAUCAGAGACUUCUUCUGUGGAUGACUAAAAUAGGUAUUUCCCACUUAGAUGUCAAAAUUACUCAAUUUAUGUUCAUUUUCAAGAAGUUUGGAGUCUGACAAGUUUUAGGUAUAUUACUGAGGAGCCUUCAGCAUCUCCACAUUGAAGAGAUCAUUUAAUAUUUUAAAAUAUUCAAUUUAUGGAGGGAAAUAAAGCUAUCAGAUUUCAGGAUAAAGAUUUAUUAAAGGCUUACUAGUUUGUUACGUAUAAUUUUGAUCGGAUUCUUAUCUACACUAGCUCAUUUUAAUGUGAUAGCAUUGAAGAACCCUAGAUAGGGAUCAGGUACCCAUAAUGAGCUUACAACCAGAGACAACAGGUGGAUAGGGAUUCUAAGGAACAAUGGUACAAUUUAGGAUUUCAACAAACCUACGACCUAUUCACUUUGGAGGGUUUUUUUGUUUCUUUGUUUUUGAUUUAUUGGUAAGCCAUAGGUACUGUAAUAGCAGGGGAAAAAAAGCAAAAAAAAAAAAAAAAAAAGGAAGUUUUUGUUUCAAAUAAUUAGGAGUACUCAUUUUCCAACUCUACAAUAUAUUGUUUAAAGGUGUACUAUUCUCUGUUUAACAGUGCACAGCUGUCUUAAAAAAAACAACUUUGCAUUGUACUUUAUAAAUUUCAGAAAUCCACUUUUAUUUUAAACACAAAUUGACUGUCAAUAGAUAGGAAUGUUCUCCACUUACAGAAAUUGAAUCUUUCUUGGCAUUUAAAGAAGUGUUCUUACUUUGUCAUUUCCAUGUGCCUUUGUGCUUUGGUUCUAGCCAGCUGCUAGGAAGCUGAAGUGUUGCCAAAGAGCAUAUUUUAGCUUUAUUUCUGGCCUGCACAGAUUUAGGAAAUACCAGCAGUUGCACUAAGUCUGUUCUCAUGAGAGAGCUAGCACAAGUUUGUAAAUCAAAGAGCUUAUAAUAAGCAUCUAAACAUUUGUUUGUUUAUUCAAACUGCUAAAGCUUUGGAGAGUUAUUCAUCACAGGAGCUGGGUCACGCACUAGUAAAUUGAAAUUUCCUCCUUAUUUCUAAUGGAAAGCCUGGACAACUUGCGUACCAUGUCAGACAAAGAAAUUGGAGAUUGCGCUGUAGCUGCUUCUACUGUGUCUAAAGAGAAACAAUUUCAGCUUUGUCUCUCCUUAAAAGCACCCAUGUUACUUAGUUGAAAAUCUGCAACUGCCUUUAACAAAUGCAUUUGCAGCUGUUGUGUUAUUACUUAAGCAUAAGAUCUUAUAAAUAUUGGACCUUCACUGAAAACCCUAAUCCCUUAGUAGGUGUCAAAAUGUAAGUAUAAUAUGGUAUCUCGUACUUGCUUAUAUCUCAAGUGCUUUCUUGAUAAUAAGUUGCAUAUAUAUUUUUUAAUCUACAGUUAAUUAUCUCUGCUAUCCUCUUACUAGAGAUUUAAAUUAUAUGUGAGUUUGAUCUGAGAGUAUCAAUCAUAUGUACUAUGGAAUUUUUAAAUUUAAUUUAAUGUAAUACCAUUUCUUCAUGUUUCAAUUUGUAAAAUAUCAGAAUAUAAUUGCAAGGUAUAAACUUUCACUAAAUUAUAUUACACGGGUGCUUUAAGAAAAAUAUGUAAAUUAUUUAAUUUAAAUACUUGUUUCUUACUUUAUCUUGUAAAGCCUUUUGUACAGUGAGGAAAGAUUUACUUUUAUGGGUAAGGGUGGUGGGCCUUAGGUCAAAGACAAGCAUCUAUUUAUUCCUGUGUGGGCUUUAUUCCUAUCACAAAUUCCGCAUCUUGUCAACGUUUGGCAUUGACAACUGUCACCAAAUUUCAAAUUGUACUUUCACAUAGAACAUAGACUUCCCUAAAGUAACUCUAGGUUAGGAAGAAAUGUAACCUACAGCUACUUCUUUUCUGAAUUUCUUAGGCAGCAAUGAAAAAAAAAACUUUAAAAGGUACUGAUAUGUCACUUUAUGCUGUAAAUAUGUCAUAUAAAUGCAUUGUUAACUAAACCCAUCCUAGGCAAAGACAUUCCUCUUCUGUUUUCCCUAAUGUGCUCACAGUUUUUUAAAACUUUUUCAGCUUCUGAAGCCUUUUUUUCCCCUUAAUCUUCUUGAUUGAUUGCAUCAGUGUUAUCUUGUCAGAUUCCACUGCAAUGUCGUUUCAAAACUGAAUUUCUACUGCAAGAACCUCUAUUUCAGCUGAGCUGCCUCUGCCCGUGGGAUAGGCUACGGGCACAAAAGAGAUUAAUCUCCCUACGGGCUGGGCCUUAAAUAUGGACUGGACUGCAAGAGCAGACAUAAGGUACUUAAAAGCCAUUUAAGUAUUUUGGUAUGUUUUCUCAGGUUGGGUAUGCAUGAACAGUAAUUGCUACUAUGGAAAAACAACAACAAAAGCAGCAUGACCAAUGCAAAGUUUUAUGGCAUUCUUUAUCCCUGAAAGAAAAGAAACGGUGGUGAAAAAUAUUAGCCAACCAAAACACUAGCACACUCUCCUCCUACUGCGUAGGAGCACAGUAUAAACAUUCAGAAUCUCUUUUGUGAUGUGUAACCGGAAUUGGAAGAUUAGCAAAACUGCUGGGUGAUUCAUAUGCAAGUUGCCACACAUAGAGCCGUUCACAUCCAGGCUUCGCUACCUCAGGCACACCUGCAUGCUACAGGAAUGUUUUGCUGCCCAGCGGCUGGUGUAGGAGUUGCCUUCACUGAGACGAGUGGUUUUGCCCUAUCAGUCCUGCAGCACUCUUUGGAGCUGCUGGGGAUGAGCAGGCGCUCACCACCAGAUCCACUCAGCAGCUGUGCUGUUAUGUCUGCUGACACAUCACACAGAGAAUGGGAAGAGGCUGCUCCUAAUGAAAUCCUUCACCCCGCUCCGUGCAGGAAUGGCUCCUGUGGAGUGGGCUGGGAAUGGGAGGCCAUGGCUCCCUCUCAGUGGCCACAAAUAUUUUCUUCUGGUGGAAGUGGAAGAACAUUUAUGGCUUCCUUAGUAAUAACAAAGCUAAUCUAAGUUUGAAUAGUGCAGAUUUUAAGAAGAACAGCCCGUUGCUGUUUGACAUCUAUGGUAUCAGCUUCUCAGAAGAGUUGCAUUUCAUAUUGCUCCUCAUAUUUCACAACUAUACAAUCACUGAUUUUCUUUAGGAAUGUAAAAUUUUAAUUGCAUCACAAUGUUAAAACCCUUUAUUGUGUCUUAAAUUGUCUGUUAUCUGAUAUGACAGAAAAAAGCACAUUUUUGUUAGCGUUGCCAAAUCCUAAUCAGUAGAGCUAACAAGUGUUUAAUUAUAUCAAGAUAAUGAUGUUAAAGAAGAAGAAAAGAGACAAGCAAACAAAUCAUUGUUUCCAGUUACCUUUUUUAUUUUUAUAGGAGUUUUGCAGUGUGUUUUAUUGCAAAGAGCAUACAUUUCUUGAAGGGAGUAGUCAAACCUGAUUCCCAUGGAAUGUGUUUCCCAGUGAAAUCCCACUCAGUGCUGCUGGGUUCCCAAGGGUCUUUCUGUCAGAGCAAAUGCAGAUGGGAUUUCCAGGAAAGAAUGGCAGACCUGGGCUCAGAGAGAUUUAUAGGAAAGACAAAGUCAUUUGCAUGUGUGAAUGUAAAAAUUACAAAUAGCGUAAUGUGAUGAUGGCUUCUCAGAUGUUACCAGCCUACUGAGCUAGAAUGAAAAAACUUGGAACUUUUUUACGUUAUUCUUUUUUUCCUUCUCCUUUAAAAAACAAAUGGUUGGAUUCACUGUUUGUACAGAGACUGGUAGAAACCUCCGUGCUUUAAAAAGGAAAAAAAAAGUUAUCCUUCAAGACUGAAUGUAAACACAGUUAAUUUGCAAUAUGUUUUUGCCUUAAUGGUUUUAAAAAAAUAAAGUAUUUUUAAAAUGAA